AUGAGUGGACCCUCCUCGCCUGCAGCCGGCUACAACCUUAAUGGGAACGAGCGCCUUAACGUGGAAGGAGAUGACGGAUCAAUCCGUUGGACUUUCAAGAACGAUUCGUGCAUUGUGAGGGUGGAUGUUCCUGGUUGCUCAGGAGUACCCAUGUCUUACAAUCUCCACCCAGACCACGUCGUGUUCGAGGUAGAAGAACCAGCCAUGGACCAUACCGACCGAUCGAGACGCAAGUACAAUGGGUACGUCAAAUUUGACCCAGUGCUUUUCGAUGCGGCCAAUGCGAAGGUUAAUGUCCUCCGUGGUGUACUCUGGAUCACUGUUCCUAGGAAGCACUAA